AUGCUGGCAAGAAAGAUGUAAGUCUAGUCAUGGAUUAUACUUAAUCAGGGCAAAGAUGAUGAUAAAAAUAUGCAAAUGAAAUCAGGGGCGAGCAAAGGAGGUGUAUCAGGCAAUCCAAUCGCUGAGUUAUUUGAAGAUCAGCUUUAUACCGAUCUAUUCAAUGCUAGGUGUCAUGAUACUGGAGAAACAGCCAAUCUUGAAAACGCUAAGCUCUUCAAGGAGGAUUUACUCAGAAGAAAUGUUAAAAACUCUAAUGCUUUGAACCUUUAAUCACUAAGACUAGGAAUCAAUUCAAUCAUCGCACUUUCUAACGCUCUUUAAAACAGAAAAUAUGAGAAAUUGAACUUAGCUGAUAAUGCUAUCAGUGAUUAUGGUAUGCAUGCUAUCAAGAAUAUAAUUAACAACAGUGGAGUCAAAUCACUAAACUUGGCAUCAAACAUGAUAAGUGGUGAAGGUUUGGAGCUGUUCUUAGAUGAUUUAAUUGCUAAUACCAACUUAAAGCACUUAGACAUAGGAGUAGUCGAGGGAUCAAUGAGAAAAAAUUCACUAGGUAUACAAGGUGCUGUUUGUAUCUCUGCCAUGCUAAUUAGGAAUAAAGUUAUUGAAUCACUUUCAAUUAACGACAAUGAUUUGGGUCCUGAUGGUGGUGAGUGUAUAGGUAUUGCAUUGAGUUAAAAUGAAACUUUGAAGGUCUUAAAAGUGUCUGAAAAUGAUCUUAAAUCUGAGGGUGCAAUUCCUAUUAUCAAGAGUGCGACUAAUCUUGAGCAUCUUAGUUUGGCUAAAAAUUUUAUGAAAAGCGAUGUGGGAAAACCCCUAGCUAAGUUACUUAAAGCCUCCAAGCAAUUAAAAAAGCUCUACCUUGAAUUUAACGAAUUGAUGGUCUAAGGUGCUAAGUGGAUUGCAAAAGGUAUAUAGCAAAAUAAAACACUUGAGAUUCUGAAUAUCAAAGGAAAUAUCAUUGGGGAUGAUGGCUUGAUUCUCAUUGCCUAGAGUCUUAGAGAUGCAGUUAAUCUUAAAGAACUAGAUAUUUCUCUUAAUGAAAUUGGACCAACAGGAUUUUAAUCCCUUUGCGACAUUUUGCCUUAUUCUAACAUUUAGACAUUAAUUUGCAACAAGAACUUCUUAGGUGAUGAAGUCCUUGCCUAUUUUGCGAAUAUGAUCUCGGAUCCUUCAAAUCCCACAAAGCUCAAGAAGUUUGACUUCUCUUCUUGCAGAUUGAAUGAUACUGCCUUGAUAUAUCUUAUUAAUGCUCUCCAAAACAACAAAAAUAUUUCCCAUGUAAAACUAUCAGACAACUUCUUUUCUGAAAAUGUAGAGGCUAUCUUACUUGAAACUCUGAAUAAAAAUACAUCACUCAUUGAUAUUGCAUUAAAUGGAAAUAGAUUCUCACACAGUUGCUUAACAAAGAUUAAGAAAAUAACCCAGAGAAAUAUGAAGAUGAUAGAGGAACAGGAACCAAACAAGCUAAAAGCUGAAAUAUACAGACUCAGAUAUGAACAUUAGAAACUGGAGCAAGCAAAGAGUCUUCUUAAAUCACAAAAGGAAGAAAUAGAAAAGGUCAGAGGCUAUAGAGAAGAGUUGGUUGAGUAAAUGCAAGCCUAUAAGCAAAGUGAGGAGACUAAGAGAGAGAAUCUAAAUAAAUACAUACAAGAACAGAGGAAACUCAUUUAGGAAAAAGAAUAACUUAUUAAGGCAAAGAAUGACAAGAUCCAAAAGAUGGAGGAGGAAUAUGAUGACAAGUUGAAGGAGUUGAGACAAUAGUAUUAGUCUGAGCUAGACAGAAAGAAGGAACUUGAUAAGGAGCUUGCAGGUGUGAAAUAGGAGUUGGAGGAUAUUGAAUAAUCUUUCCCUAAAGAGAUCAAAAGUCUUAAGGAAUAAAUUUCAAAUGCUAAGAAAAAGACUGAGGAAUAUGAGGAGAAGACUAAGUAGCUGGCAGAUGAGUUAAGAAAGUUAAAAGCUAAUGCCCCUAAAAAGACAUGA